AUGACGAUUGCAGAUCAUAUAAGAGAAAGACUAAAGUCUAUAGUUAAUAACAAUAAUAAUAAUAAUAAUCAAAACAACAAUAAUAUAAAUAAUAUAGUAAAUGAUAAUAUAGAUAAAGAUGAUAUAGAUUUACAAGACGACGACGACAAACAAACCUAUAAUCAUAUAACACUUUAUUCAAAAGAAGAACAACAAAACAAUAACAAUGACAAGAAAUUAGAUAGUAAUAGUAUAUUUAUUGAACCAAACAAUGAACAAUGUGAAAAGACUGUAUUGAAAACUUUAAAUGAAUAUGAACCAUUACAAUAUAUAAUCAAAGAGAUGGUUAGAUUGGGUUGUAAACCACCUGUAAUUAGAUGUAGACCAUGUGAUGAUCCUGCUUUUGGUUAUUAUGAUAAUCAACUUGGUGUAUGUGUCGUCGACAUGUACAAAACUAUACUUGUAAUAUGUAAUAAUGUAUCAACAUUUUAUACUAGUAUGAGAAAUACAGUGAUGCAUGAAAUGAUACAUGCAUAUGAUAUGUGCAGAGUUGAUUUGGAUCCAACCAAUUGUCAACAUCUUGCAUGUACAGAGAUUAGAGCUGCCAAUCUAUCUGGUGAUUGUAAUUUGGCACAAGAGUUUGCACGUGGACACAAAGGUAUUUAUAAUCAUCUUCAAGAUUGUGUAAAGAGACGUGCCAUCAAAGCAUUGGAAGAUCAUCCAAAAUGUAAAUCAAUUGCUGAAAGUUCAGUUUUAAAGGCUUGGAGUAAAUGUAAUGUAGAUUAUUCUCCUUUUACUUCAAUUCCAAAAUAA